UAUUCUAUUACGUAUAACUCUAGUUUGUUGCUACAUAAUAAUCUUCUAUUAUCUUUCUUGAAGCCUCCUGUCUUUCUCGGGCUGUUUUGGCCUACCACUCUUUUCAUUUAUCUCUAUUACCACACAGUUUCUGGCGGCGACAACUACCUCACAAUGUAUUAAGCUAUGUCUCUCCUGGGGGCUAUCGUCGCUUUAAGUUCCGCCGCCGCAGCUCAGCAGUGUGUCACCGCUACUGGCGGCGUAGUCCCUACCUGUGCCGGCUGCUUACUGGCUCCAAUUGUUCAGCCGCCUACUGUUACUGGCGGACCUAUCUGCUUUACUACUGAGUACGAGGCCUUCUGCUCUACUGGUAUUAUCCAACAGACGUAUACGUGCACUGAAACAUAUAAGGGCAUGCUUGCUAUACCUACAAUUCUCUCUGCUAAGUUUCCCCUUGGCUUCACUAGGGACGUUCAGACCUGCUACACCUGCGGCCAAACACCUAUAAUUGCAACAGUAACCCACCCUAUUACUAAGCCCCAGGCCACGCCUAUUAUAAUUCCUGCUGGUGGUGCUGGCUUUGGCCCUAGCCCCGGUUUUGACUCCGGUUUUGGCUCCGGUUCUGGCUCUGGUUCUGGCUCUGGUCCUGGACCUAGCUUAAAAGGCGGAUUAAAAGCCCCUGACAGCACAUCAUUAAAGUCUAGAUAA